AUGUCUGUUGCGACACUAACAGCCACAUCAAGCAAUACUUAUAACGAAACAAGGGCCCUUGAAGUGCAGCUAAGGAAGCGCACGUCUUCAUUCUCCACACCGAGUACAGCAGCCCCGCCGACAAAGCUUCAGAGGACUAACAUGUCAUCCACCCUGCGUCGCUCUGACUCAAUGAGCAUACUCCCGAGCCUUGCGUCUACCUCGUCUGGCGAAAUGCCGUCGCACCAGUAUCGUGUGAUACACCACUACAAGGACCAGCGCCUUAAGCGUAAGGCACAGCUUGCCGCAGCAGGGACUACCACACCUUCCCCUAUUGUAACAACACCCCCACCCCCACCCCAACAAUCUUCUACUCUUCGUCGUUCGUCGUCGAGCGCGUGUCUGCUCACAAUCCCAUCGGCACCCAAACGUCGGGUUGCCCCACCAUUGCCUUCUUCAUCCAAUUCUAAACCACCCGCCAAGGUCAUCCUACCUUCAAAGGAAUGCCCCAUUACCCAACAUCUUUCCCUCCGCCUUACAUCUCCUCUUUCCCCUAUGCCUCGAAGGAAUGUACCCAUCCAACUCCCCUCCAUUCUUGCUCGAAGGCGGGACAAGGCCAAAACAAACUCCAGCGCCAACUCGCUUUAUCGUACGGCCAUCAUCACUCAUAUGUCGAGUAGCCCUGAAGGGCAGAAGAUUUUGCACAUGGGCCCACGCCUCGCCAUGUCCAUCAUUAACGCGACCAAAGAGCUCGAACGCAUUGUGGCACUGCAGCAGGAAAGGGAAGCGGAGCUGGAGAAGUUUGAGAUGUCUCGGCAGGCGAGGAUGCAGGAAAGGGAAAAGGAGAGUGAAGUGGUCGUGGACGGCUUCGACUAUGUCAUGGCAGAAGCACCCCCAGCAGCGGCGCCUAUCAGCUUGAGUCCUCCUGGCAACAGUCUGGCGACGCCUGUUCUUACGACCCGCCCUUGGGUGCAGGAUGACUGGGAAAUGAUUGACUGCUCUGCCUAG